CAGUGGACACCGCAAUGUGAAUUUGGUGCAUAUGGUCGCUCUUCCUUCCAGAUCCUUCUUCUUUUUUUACAUCUCACCACUUUAAGAUGUCUCGACCAUACGAAGGCGCACGCAUCGAUAAUGCAGCUAACCCGCACCACCAAUGGGGAUACUUUCAUGGACCGAUUCCCAACAACAAUCCUGAUUAUAUGCCAAACUCCCAGCGCGAAACUGUUGGAGGAAAGAAAGGACGUACACCCGUCAAAGUUGCAGAGCUUCAAGACGAGACCGAUAUUCCAGACAACCCCCGAGUAAAGCUCUCGAAGCUGAACACCUACGUCUGUGAUGUUGUAGUUGACGGUGAUGAUAUGUGUGGAAAGACCUUUGGUCAGCAACCUGCACUACGUCGCCAUAUCCGACAAAAGCAUCCCGGAGCUAUCGACCCGGUCGACGAUCGCUCCAAUCUCGAUGAUAGCGAGUCUAUCCCUGGAAACAACGCCUUGAAGCUCUGGAUCCGCUCCGGAGGAUGGCGUCGUGCUGGAUACGUUCAUGAACCUGGACGCGGCUCUCACAAGAUGAAUAAGAUGUGCGAUACAAUAGAGGCAUAUGCGGCGGCAAACCCCGAGUUUGCUGCACAGUAUGGGACUAAGUUCCAUCGGGACCCUGUUCCGGUGAUGUCGACACCCAGUAAACGCCGCAAGUCUGCCGCUACUUAUAAUUCCGACAAUGAUAAAUCCAACAAGUCAAAAUCCCCUAGUCCUCCUGAUGGCAGCGCUUCAAAACGCCCACGUGUUUCAAGCAAAGUACCUGACACGGAUAAGUCCAAAGUUGCUGCAGCUCGCAAAUCUAGUCGUGUCACCAAGCCUAUAAAGAAAGGGAAAACCACGGCUUAAAUCGUGGCCAUAUGCUUAGCAUAUGGGGAAGUUUCUACUGAUCCCUGAAAAGGCAAAUUCAUAUGCGCAGCAUGUACACUACACGUCGAUAGUAUAAAG